AUGAGCUUUUCUCGGGCAUUUGAGUCCCUUUUUCUAGCAGCACUCCUCUUGGGUGGUGGAAUUCUUACUCAAGUUGGGUGCUUCAGUUUUAAUUUUCCAGACUUCCCUGAUAAAGAAUUCCUUAAGCUAAGUGAUAAUUCACGUAUUUUCAAGGGUGCUAUCCAAGUUACACUCGAUUCGCGCAGCGAAAAUCUGGAAAAUAAAUCCGGACGGGCCUUUUACGAGACGCCAUUCCGAUUGUGGAGCAAGAGCAAAGGCGGCGUCACAGCAUCUUUCAAUACCACCUUUCAACUUAAUAUCAACAACAUGACAAAUCCAGGCGGCGAAGGCUUGGCCUUCAUAUUAGCUGCAGAUACCACUCUUCCAGAGGGCAGCGAUGGGCAAUGGCUUGGGAUUGUAAACGCGUCUACAAAUGGAUCCGCUCAGGUGGUGGCCGUAGAAUUUGACACGAGACAGAGCUAUCCAGAAGAUCUUGAAGAUUUCCAUGUUGGGUUGGAUGUAAAUAGCAUCUACUCAAUCCAACAGGUAUCUUUACGUGGCCUUGGGAUCACUCUUGCUAAUAUUUCUGCAGCCAAUGAUACAUGGGCGAGGGUCGAGUAUGAUGGCGAAAACAUUACUGUCUCUGUUAAUGGAACGGGAGAGUACAUGCCACUGAUCAUGUCUCUGCCUCUUAAUCUCUCUGCCUAUCUUCCAGAGAUGGUUUACGUGGGGUUCUCUGCUUCAACCAGUAAUGACACCCAACUAAACUGCGUAAGAUCAUGGAAAUUCGAGGGUGAGGAUAUUGAUGAAGGUCUAGAGCUGUUAUGGGUGUGGAUCACAAUUCCAGCGGGGGUAAUUGUGAUAAUUAGCGGGAUUGUUUUUUACUUGUUUUGGGAAAGAAAACACAGAGAGCAGCCGGAAGAUGCAUAUCCAAGGAUAGAAGACCAGAUUCGAGGGUCUUCUAUGGCUCCACGGAAGUUCAAACUGAGAGAGCUGAGAAGAGCAACAGGCAACUUCAACCCCAGAAACGAGCUCGGAAAAGGCGGCUUCGGAACGGUCUACAAGGGAUUGUUGGCAGAUAAGGAGGUAGCUGUCAAGAGAGUCUCAAAGGAUUCGCGUCAAGGCAAGCAAGAAUUUAUAGCAGAAGUCACAACAAUCGGCAGCCUCCGCCACAAAAAUCUUGUCAAAUUGAUUGGAUGGUGCUAUGAAAAGGGCGAGCUCCUUAUUGUGUACGAGUACAUGCCGAAUAGCAGCCUCGAUAAGUUCAUAUUUGGCGAUGAAAAACUAGGCUUGCAGCAACCACCGCUCAGCUGGGAAAGAAGGCACACCAUAAUUCAUGGGGUGGCUCUGGCGCUGGAUUAUCUCCAUAAUGGGUGUGAAAAGAGGGUGCUUCAUCGCGACAUAAAAGCCAGCAACAUCAUGUUGGACUCCGACUUCAGCGCAAAGCUGGGAGAUUUCGGAUUGGCUCGAACCAUUCAACAAAAGGACGUAACCCACCAUUCGACAAAAGAGGUUGCAGGAACACCCGGCUAUAUGGCGCCAGAGACUUUUCUUGUUGGCAGGGCAACCGUUGAAACAGAUGUUUAUGCGUUUGGUGUUCUUGUGUUGGAAGUUAUCUGCGGAAGGAAGCCCGGAAAUCAGGGUGAUCAGCAUAACAGCUACAACAACGGGAUUGUGUAUUGGUUGUGGGAGCUUCGUAGGAAGGACAGGAUUCUUGAUGCAGUUGACUCCAAAUUGGCGGGGGAAUUCGUUGAGGACGAAAUGACGGGCAUGCUUCUUUUGGGAUUGGCCUGCUGCCACCCGAAUCCAAACCAAAGGCCCUCCAUGAAAACAGUCUUGCAAGUGCUUAAAGGGGAGGCGCCUCCGCCGCUGUUGCCCGCAGAAAGACCUGCUUUUGUGUGGCCGGCGAUGCCUCCAUCAUUCAAGGAAGACACGGACAACGCUUUUAUUAAAAGCCAACUCACUCCGUUCACAGAACUCGCCGGGAGAUGAGUCAUGCCGAAUAAGGAUCAGUGUAUAAUCCCGUUUUAUUAAAUUAAUUAGUAGAUGGUGAAAUUGUUUAUUCAGCGUUAAUAAGUUUCAGCAGCUAGGUUGAAGAUCAACGUGCUAGCUCGCAGUAAAUAUAUAGUACACAAGA